AUGUAUCCUGUAUCAUUCUCCUUAAAACAAGAAUCAGUGGUCUUGCGGUUGACAGGGUUAUUAAAAAUAUUGGCUUUUGCAAUUCCUUUAGAGUCGAGGCGGAUGGCUUUGCUGGAGGGCCCCAUGGCAACUUGGCAGAGGGGUCUGGUGAAAGAGAGAUUAGAUCAUGGUUUGUGUAACAUGGAUUGGCGUACUCAGUUUCCUAAUACGAUUGUGCAGCACUUGCUUCGUAUUGCAUCAGAUCAUAGGCCUCUCCUUUCGGAGGUUAGUUUUUAUAGUACUCUUUAUUCUGAAGAUAAUAGCAUGGCUCCUAAUUAUCCGAUUGCGGGUUUUUUACCAGAUGAGGUUUUGGACAAUCUAAAUUUGUGUUGUCUUCCUAGAGAUGAGUUGGAGGAUGAUAUCCGAAUCUGGAAUCUUGCUGGCAAUGACCAAUUUUCUUUGGCUUCGGCUUAUUUGGCUCUUUUGGACCUGGGAUUUAGCAAUGACCAAGGUUAUUGGGAUCUGGUCUGGCAAUGGCAAGGCCCUCAGCGGAUUCGAGCAUUUCUUUGGCUUUGCAUGCACAAUAAACUUCUCACGAAUUAUGAUCGCAAUAGACGGCAUUUAACAGAUGACCCAAGCUACCCUAUUUGUCACAAUGGCGUGGAAACCAUCUCUCAUGUGUUACGGGAUUGCUUGAUAGCCAAGGCCUUAUGGUUGAAGCUCCUACCCCUCUCGGAUAAUGCCGGGUUCUUUGAUUUGAACUUUAACGAUUGGAUGGUCGGUAACUUGCGGAAUGGUUCUACAACCCGGGAAAUCUUGAUUGGAGGAUGCUCUUUGGGUUUACCUGUUGUUGAUGCUUGUGUGGCGGCUUUUGAUGCUCUUGCUACAGUUGGGGAGGUGAAUGCAGUGCGCAGAGAGGCCCUUAUCAGUUGGACUAGACCGCCAUAUGGUUUUGUGGUUCUGAAUACUGACGGAGCUUUUCGUAGAAAUUCUCUUUCAGCUACAGCAGGAGGCGUCUUUCGCAGUCAUAAUGGGAUUUGGUUGGGAGGAUUUUCGAUCAAGCUUGGCCAUUGUAACGCUUUUAGAGCGGAACUUUGGGGUAUUUACACUGGUUUGCAGGAAGCUUGGAAGAACGGGUGGCGUAAAGUUCAGGUCCAAGUUGACAACUCAGCCGUCGCUUUGAUUUUCAACUCAAAUUCUUUGAUGUCUAUUCAGAAUGGGGAUCUCAUAUCUCGGGUUCGAAUGCUUCUUCAUCAAGAUUGGCAAGUUCAAAUUCUUCUUGUUUACAGGGAAGCUAAUUCUAUUGCUGACCAUAUGGCCAACUUGGCUUUUGAUCGGGAAGAUCGUUUCAUUUGGUACGAUGACCCCCCAUCAAGCGCAAGUCUUCUUCUCUUUGGAGAUAUUGUCGGAGUUGCUCAUCCACGGAUGAUUCGUUUAUAA